UUGAAGAAUGAUUCGUGAAGCCAGAAUGGGUGACAGCGUCAUCACGGCAUCUUAUUGAUCAUGGAUUCUUAUGAUACACCAGGAUCGACUCCUAGGCACAGUGCGUCCUCAAGGCUUAAAGAUUACUUUAUAGGUGCCACCCCUUUGCAGAAACGAUUAGAAUCAGUCAGGAAGCAGACUUCAUUUAUCCCAACGCCACCUCGAAGGAAAAUUCCUCAGUGUUCACAAUUACAGGAAGAUAAUGAUCCUCAAAAAGUUGCAUUCCUUCUGCAUAAACAAUGGACUUUAUAUAGUUUAACUCCCCUGUAUAAAUUCUCCUAUACUAAUCUCAAAGAGUAUUCUAGACUUCUGAGUGCAUUUAUUGCUGCUGAGAAGCAAAAAGGGCUUGCUGUGGAAGUGGGAGAAGACUUCAACAUCAAAGUGACUUUCUCCACUCUCCUAGGAAUGAAAGGAACACAAAGAGACUCUGAAGCCUUUCUCGUCCAGAUUCUGUCAAGAUCUCAAUUGCCAUCUGAGAACAGAGAACUUAAAGUGUUGUGGACUGGUUGGUUCUGCUGUAUAUUUGGAGACAGUCUUCUGGAGACUGUUUCAGAAGAUUUCACCUGUGUACCCUUAUUCCUUGCAAAUGGAGCAGAGACAAAUACAGCCAUAGUAGGAACAUGGUUUCAGAAAACUUUCGAUUGUUAUUUCAGUCCCUUAGCAAUCAAUGCUUUUAAUCUUUCCUGGAUGGCUGCUAUGUGGACUGCAUGCAAAAUGGACCAGUAUAUGGCUGCUACCGAAUUUCUUUGGUCUGUACCCUGUAGCCCUCAAAGUCUGGACAUUUCUUAUGCCAUACAUCCAGAGGAUGCAAAAGCUUUGUGGGACAGUGUCCACAAAACCCCUGGGGAAGUUACUCAGGAAGAAGUUGACUUAUUUAUGGACUGCCUUUAUUCACAUUUCCAUAGGCAUUUCAAAAUUCAUUUAUCAGCCACAAGAUUGGUCCGUGUUUCUACAUCUGUAGCUUCAGCACAUACUGAUGGAAAAAUAAAGAUUCUGUGUCAUAAAUACCUUAUUGGAGUCUUGGCAUAUUUGACAGAACUGGCAAUUUUUCAAAUUGAUUGAAGUCUUGUGGGGACUAUAAAUGAUGGAUUAUAUGCUUUUUUUCUCACUGAUUAUUUGCCUAAUUGCUAUUCUGAGAGGCCCCGCAGGAGAAAUAAGCAUCUGUCUCUGCAUCUGUUUUCCUCUCAGUGCCUUUGGAAUUGCCCAGAUGGAAUGGAAUUCAAGAAGGAUCUAGAAGAAAAAAGAAGGUGAUAGUGAAUGAAUCACAGCCAGGUGCUCCAUAAUAGUCAUGAUGAUCUGGGAUGGCAGUGUCUAGAAAAUGCUGAGUUGUUAUUUUCUUGGACCAUCUUUCUAAAAAAUAUGUAAUGUUUAUUACAUCAAAUUUUUAGGAUUCAAAUGAGGUAUCUCUAAUAUUAUUUCUGAUUUGGAUGUUUAAAACCGUCAGUUCCUUUUAAGCAUUUUAGAGUUGGAUCCAGAAAGAAUUUCUGUCUUCUAAAGACAUUUUCCUAGUAUCAUUUCACUGUAGAGAGCUGGCAAUUAAAAUCUCCAAAGGAACCUGGAGAUUAACAUACACUUUUUAAAGCCACUAAUAUGCUUCUGUUUUUAAUACUGUUCAAUUCUUAUUGCAAUGUUGAAUUAAAUAUUUUUAAAAUGAAGCAGUGUGUUUAUCAGUGUCUUGGUGACAGAUCUUUAAUGUAUCAAGAACGAGAAUUGUAGUCUUUUUCUCUAGCACAAAUGUUAUAAGCCAACAAUCAUAUAGAAUCAGAGGCAACUGUGAGUCUCUUGCGGGCAGAAAUUAUCUUAACUUUCAUGUCCCUAAUCUUGCUUUAGCACAGUACUUAGUAAAUAUCUGCAGGUUAAGUGAACGCAUUUUAACCAGCUCUUCCAUUUUAUAGAUGCAAACUAUGAGUUCGAGCAACCUGGGAGACUUGCCCAACUUGCUAUAUCGAUGUCUCUAAAUUUUAAUUUAUUGAGCAUAGGAAUAU